GUAAAAGCAAUAAUGUUUCCACUUUCUCUAAAGGCCACCGAGCCAUGCCGUGUGUGUGUGUGUGCGUGCGUGUGUGAGAAAACCUUGUGGGUUGUCGAAUUUAUCAAGUGGGAUUUGCGGCAGGAACCUGCGGCUGCCCCGCAGUUGAAAAAUCCACAUGACGUUUGCCAUGCAGCCGUUAAAAAAUGUAACACACUCCUCCUCAAACUGCUGUCCACUCCAGGGGAAAGAAGAAGCUUUUUCACUUUCUUACUUUCGACACUGGAAAACGUGAAGGUGCACGUGCACGUCUCAAAAGGUCAACAGGUGGUUUCAAUAAAUAAAUAAAAAAGAACAGGCCUACAUUUAUUUUUAUUUAAUAAAAAACAUGUAUUUCACUUUUUACAAUUUUUUAAAGUGUAUUUUGUUUUAUUUUUGCUGUAGUUCAUCAUGACACCAAAUGUAGCCUUUAAAGUGUGUGUCUACAAAUACACACACACACACACACACACACACACACAGCUUGAUAAACACUUUUAGGAUAUGCCCCCUCUACUAAAUAUUGACUCACCUUUUUAUUUGUAUUUUUUGCGUGUGGGUGCACGCUGGCAGCAAAUACUUGGACGUGCUCAUGUUGAAAGCAAAUGGAAUAAAACAGGAAGAGGAAAAGGAAAACUAACAGCAGAGUAACAAGUUUAUUUAUGUGAAAUAUUCCAGAUGAUAUUUGGCUUCACUUCCACACACUGCAGCAAGUUCAUUUAGGUUGGUGCCACCAUCAAAUCCAAAUUAACGUGGCUUUACUGCACUUUACAUCCUAAAACCUUUUCUAAUACUUUUUAGAUGAGCAUGCAUGAAUGCAUUUACAUACUGAGAACAUAUGCUGUACAGUAUAUGUAUAUUUUCAUAUCUUUUUACAUGAAGUUAAUGUUUUAUUUGGGAGUAAAGGUUCUCCAACGAGUCCUGAUCCUGACAGGAGGUCCGCUGCAUGUUUUCUUUUUUUUUUUUUUUUUUAAGAAUUUUCCUGAAAGAUCCAAAGGAGGCUCGUGCUCGCUAAAAUAAGACAGGCUAUGCAAGCUGGCUUUGUACAGUUUUGGACCUACCGGACUGCUUCUAACCUCCAAGGCGACUUUUGCUCUUCUUCCCAAGUCUUAUUUAACGCUGGCAUCUUUCCUGACAGCUUUUUCUACUGAAAAGUCAAGCUGGAGAGGAUUCUAUUCCUCCUCCUCCUGCAGAAUCAAGAAGCAAAGCGUCCGAACUGCACGCUUUUGUGCGCGCUCACAAAAGAGAAUCCGCUUUGUAUCCGGAUUAACUUCUCUUCUUUUUAAUGAUACAAUCACGCUUAGCAUAACUUUUUUGUCCCCCUCCUCUCCCGGCUUGCCUGAAGGCAGCGCGCAUGCGCGCCGGCGUCCUGGCUGUCACCAAGACAUUUUUCUUGUGGUUGGAAGCUGUCAGUGGUGACGUCAAUCAGGCGGUUCUGACCAAUUAGAGCCAGGCCUGAUUGUUUGGCUCUGCGGGCUGCAGCUCCUAGCAUGAGGCGCUUUUCUCUAUCAAAGCUUCCUGCUGCUGCUGCUCUCCACCCGUAGCUUCCAUGCACGUCGAGCAACUUUAUCAACUUUUCUUUUUUCUCCUCUCUUGCACCGCGAUUAAAACAUAUUUGUCAUCAUCAUUAUUGUUUUGCCCGCUGUCAAGUGCUUGCAAAAUGAGGGCGUAAUGAGCGUGGAUGCGCCGGGAAUCCCCGUGAUGGACCCUGCCUUCUCCAAACGGAACACGGCGCUGAGAUUAGUUGACUUGGCGGGGGCUCAGCACCACCACCAUCAUCACCACCCUGCCCCUCAGAGCGUGACAGGCUUCCCGGGGUUCGGCAGCCAUCCACACUCAAUGGCUCACUCGCACCCUGGGGAGAUGACUGCGGAACCCCGCCUGGGGCCGAGUCCAUUCGGGCCAGAACACAUGGGGCACUCGGCGGCCCUCAAAAUCAGCCCAGCCCAUCAUUAUCCCCACCACCACCACCACCACAAUCAUCAUAUGGCAGGCCACAGCGAAGUGGUCUCCAGUCAAACGGGAGCUUUCGGCCCGCUUCAGGCGACCUACUCCAUGACGCACCCGGCUCAGGCUCUGUCGGCAGGUAGGACAGACUUCCUCAUCCGGAGCCAUCAAGCCAUGCCGGUUCUGGCCGAGCAGCCUCUCGGUUCCGCCUCUCACCACGGCAUGUUUGUGUCGACAACAGGUAGUGGCUACCCCGCGCACUAUGACGCCGGCGGACACGCGCUCUUUCCCGGGCUGCACCACGACCAGACGUCCGGCGCCGCCGCGGCCGCUCCGGCCCUGAACGGACAAAUACGCUUGGGACUACCGGGGGACGUGUACGUGCGCUCCGAGCACUCCUUGACUCAGGUGGCCGCAGCCAGCCGCGCGGAUCCCUUCUCCGCCUCGCCGCUGCACGGCUACGGAGGACUCAACCUCAACGUCAACCUGCAUGGCGCGCACCACCCUCACGCGCACCCGCACGGCACCGGAGCCUUCUUCCGCUACAUGCGGCAGCCCAUCAAGCAGGAGCUCAUCUGCAAAUGGAUGGAACCUCACAGGUCCAGCAAGAACCUCUGCUCCAAGACCUACAGCACCAUGCACGAGCUGGUUACGCACGUCACCGUGGAGCACGUCGGAGGACCGGAACAGGCGAACCACAUCUGCUUUUGGGAGGAAUGUCCUCGGGAGGGCAAGCCCUUUAAAGCCAAAUACAAGCUGGUCAAUCACAUCCGCGUGCACACCGGGGAGAAGCCCUUCCCGUGCCCUUUCCCGGGCUGCGGGAAAGUCUUUGCGCGCUCGGAAAACCUCAAAAUUCACAAAAGGACGCACACGGGAGAGAAGCCGUUCAAGUGCGAGUUUUCAGGCUGCGAUCGUCGCUUCGCCAACAGCAGCGACCGUAAGAAGCACUCCCACGUGCACACCAGCGACAAGCCGUACACGUGCAAGGUGCGCGGCUGUGACAAGUCCUACACGCACCCAAGCUCCCUGCGCAAGCACAUGAAGGUGCACUGCAAGUCCCCCCCGCCCAGCUCCGGCUACGAGUCGUCCACGCCGUCCCUGGUGUCCCCGUCGUCGGACUUGGGCCGAGAGGCGGCUGGAGCCUCUACGGAGCCGCCGGGGGGCUCCUCUCAGCCGGCCAACCUGAGCGAGUGGUACGUGUGUCACAGCUCGGGGGCAAGCGGGGCCCAAAGUGGGCCAUCCACGCCAGACCCCGCCGAGGAGCCCCCCUACAGGAACCAGGAGCUGAGGGACGCCUUUUAGACUUGGACCUGCUGACAAAAUGACUAAAAGUCCUGGCACAUGUGCUUUAUUUUUUAUGGACCAUGCAGUCUUUGUGAACUUUGUGGUACUUCAUGUAGACUUUAGGCAUGCUCUCUUUUUGUAAAUACUUUAAUUUAUUUUCCAAGCUGGUUUUGUAUCAAACGAACCAAAGUGCACGUUUCGAACUCUGAGGCCAAAUUGUACAUUUUGUAACAUUUUGUAAAGUUGUCCUUGUUAGUUUUGUACUGUUUACACACACAGAGGCUUUAUUUGCGUCCCUGCUGACCGUGGAAUUGUAACCAAGUGUGUGAUUUUAAUCUUCUUUGUUUUUCUUUCCAGCGUCGAGCAGCACUCCAACUCGCAUACCGAACUGCCUUGUCAUUUGUGAGUAUUUCCAAUAAAUCCUGACAAAAUCAAGUGAAACCUGAGUCGCUUGGCCUUUUUUCAACGUCUCGUGUGCUCAUUUGCAUUUAUUGGAACAAUCGGCUGCCUUUUUGUAAACUUCUAACACCAACUCAAUGUUUCUUUUUAACCUAAUUUCUAUUUUCCAGAAAGGGUCUGUCUGAGUGUUAGCGCUUUUUAUUUGUAUUCUUCUCGUGCAAAGGCGGCGUGUCAGUGUGAAGUGUUAACUCAGUUGUGCUGCAGACACGUCCAUGAAAAGCCGCACUAUUCUGAUCCGGACUUCAAAGUGGACUGGGCCACAAAGGGCCAUGUUUUGUUAGGCCGGAGCAUCC